CUCACAGUACGCAGUUUGGUUAUGAUCGAGCGGAGCGGACGCGGCUCAGUAGCUGGCUGGCUUAGCGGGUCUCAGCGCUGAGACAGCGGGGAAUGGCUCCUCUGCGGGGUCCUAAGGCGGGGAUGGAGGAGCCGGAGCCGGGUGCGGGCUCCUCCCCGCGGCGCUUCACCUGGGAGGAGAUCGGGCUCCGCACGGGCCGGGGGCACCCGCAGCAGGAGCGGUGGCUGGUGAUCGACAGGAAGGUCUAUGACAUCAGCCAGUUCUACCGGCGGCACCCGGGGGGCGCCCGAGUCAUCAGCAGCUACGCGGGGCAGGACGCCACGGAUCCCUUUGAAGCAUUUCACAUUGAUAAGGGGCUGGUGAGAAAGUACAUGAGCUCAUUGCAGAUUGGGGAGCUGGCCCUGGAUCAACCAAGCUUUGAGCCCACCAAAAAUAAAUUGCUGGUAGAGGACUUCCGGGAGCUGCACACCACUGUUGAAAGGAUGGGACUCCUCAACCCCAACCACCUCUUCUUCUUCCUGCUUCUCCUGCACAUUCUGAUGCUGGAUGUUGCUGGAUGGUUUGUUCUUUGGUAUUUUGGGACAUCUUUAGUGCCUUUCCUCAUCUCUACAGUGCUGCUGACCAUUUCUCAGUCCCAGGCUGGUUUUCUGCAGCACGAUUUGGGGCACCUUUCAGUUUUCAGCAGUACCAAAUGGAACCACUUGGUUCACGAGUUUGUGAUGAGCCAUCUGAAGGGGCUUUCAGCACAGUGGUGGACUCUCCACCAUUCCCAGCACCAUGCCAAGCCCAACUGCUUCCAUAAGGACCCUGAUAUUGCAAUGCAUCCCUUCUUGUUUGCUUUGGGAAAGAUACUCUCUGUGGAGCUCGGCAUGAAGAAGAAGAAGUUUAUGCCUUACAAUCAUCAGCACAAGUAUUUCGUCGUCACUAUGCCCCUGCUUGUGGUUCCAGUGUUCCAGUUGUACUCCUUGUACUUCAUAUUCCAGCGCAAACUAUGGAGGGAACUAGCUUGGACUCUGACCUACUUCAUCCGAUUCUUUCUUUUCUUCGAGCCCUUACUGGGAGUAACGGGUGUCCUGGGAUUCCUCCUGCUACUCAACGUCCUAGAGAGUAUCUUGUUUACCUGGAUAUCACAAUUGAACCACAUCCCUAUGCACAUUGAUUAUGAUAACAAUAUGGACUGGUUCUCUACACAGCUCCAGGCGACAUGCAACGUGGAUCAGUCCCUGUUCAAUGACUGGUUAACUGGGCACCUGAACUUCCAAAUUGAGCAUCAUCUUUUUCCUAGGAUGCCACGACACAACUACUGGAAGGUGACCCCCCUGGUGAAGUCACUAUGUGCCAAACAUGGCAUCGAGUACCAGAGCAAGCCCCUGCUCACUGGCUUUGGAGAUAUUUUGCGCUCUCUGAAGGAUUCGGGGGAACUCUGGCUUGAUGCCUAUCUGCAUGGAUAAGCAGCAACAGCUCCUAUGGAGGAGUUACCUGGGAUUGACUGCCAUGAAGAUGUAGUACACAGCAGUGGAGGGCAAGCAGGUUCAGGGAGAUGAGUGGGCCUAGUUGCUGCGGUGGGAGAGCUGUUGGGCUUAGUUUGAGUGUGGGGUUUUAUGAUACACUUUUUCUGUUAUUCUACCUCUGUAAGGUGUGGUAUGGGUAUAUGGGGACCACUAGAGGUUAACCUUACUAUGGGGAAGGUGGCUUUAGCAAUGGGAACAGCAGCCCUUCUCUCUGCUGACAUUUCCCUUGCUGUGUACGUGGCAGUGAAUCCUAUCCAACUUCUUCCUAGUGUGAAAGAAUCAAAGUGAAAAUGGGGACAGUGUAAAUUCUGGGGAGAGGGAGAAUGUGGAGAAAAAAGGAGAAAAGCCAGUGCUGAGAAAGACAAAGAAGAGCCUUUAAAGGCUACAAUAUACAUUUCAAAUCUAUAAACUAAGUAUGUAAGCCACAAAGUGGAUGCAAGACUGAAUAGUGUGGACAUGAGAUUAGAGGGGCCAAAACUCAGGGUGGGGAUGGAUACAAGACCAUAGAGGUGAAAACACCAAGCAGGAUUAGCCAUGAAACCAGAGGCAGUACACAAGAGCAUAGACAUGAGACUAGAGCUGAUAUGGCAUGUUCAGUGGACCCACUUAUGUGAGUGCCUUUUUGACUAUAUAUAUGUGUAAAACACGUAGAGAACCUCGAUCUCAGGUUAGUUGUCCAUUUGCAAUUUUCAGUGAAAACAGUAUGAGCAGUUUCCCCCCUGCCUAAGGCAAAUUCAGGUGAAUAAAAGGGUUAAUUGAGCAAAUACUGAUAUUGCAUGCGUGAUAAGGAUAUACAUUAGUCCAGGAGAAUCCCCAGUCUAUUGGUUUAGGUGUUAAAAUACCUCUAGAGGUUUAGCUUAGGAGAAGGAGUCUUGCAAGACUAAGAGGCAGAUCUAUGGUAGAGUGAUUUCAUUUUUGUUGUAUCAUAAGUUGUAAAAGCUGUCACAGACACGUCAAUAUUAUGGCUUUUAGUGCUUACCUAUAUGGUGCUGCCUGAAGCUUUAAGGGACUCCCAAAGUUGCAACUAAGUGGUGCUGUCUCCCUGGCUUCUCUUAGAAAGUAAAAAAUGGUUGCUAAUUUGAACAUGGGUGUUUGGCCAAUUAAUAGGGCUGAAUCAUUUCUGUCUGUCAUGGACAAUAUAACAGAUCCAAGUUUCCCCAGACUUAACAGCUGUCAGUAGAGAUGGAACUUGCAUCAUUCUACUCCACAAUCACAAGCCCCUACCAUUUAAAGAAUCUUCAUUAACUGUAGCAGUAUUAAGGCUUAUGAUACAUACCUGACUUUCCAUCAAGUUGAGCCAAUGAUGCACAUACACUGUAGGCAGUAUAUUACACUUGGUUGUUUCUUGUGUUACGUGCUUCUGAAGGGGUCCUCAUAAAUACAGUUCUUCGAGUGCUGUUCCUGUUGGUGCUCCACUUCAGGUGUCGGUACGCCCCGGUGCCACUGAUUGGAGAUUUUCAGUAGCAGUGCCUGGUCGUGGGUGUAUGUGCGCAGUAGCCAUCUUGUGUCCUGACCCACUCAUUCCUUCUCAACUGUCCUCAGCUGCAGACUGAGCUCCAAUGGCAGUGUCAGAAAUUUACCUAGAAAAGAUUUAGAAAUAGUUAUUGCUAAGUUUAGUUCCCAGCAGUUAGUUUAUAGUUAAUCUUAGGUUUCUGGUUAACCAUUUAAACUUUCCUGUGUGUUUUUUAAAAAAAAAAAAAUCUCAGAGAGCUCUCCUCUCAGUUUCUGUCUCCUUGGACCAUGACAAAGUUGGACAACGAAAAUGCCACGCUCCCCUGGUUUUAAACACUGCACUUCAUGUAAGGAUGCUAUACCUAUCUCUGAGGACAGUGCUACCAGCGUCCCUUGAUGUCGCGGACAUGGCUGCUCGCGACGGCUACAGCUAUAAUCAUGAGACUGGCAUCCUUCCAGAAUCCCAAAGUACCUCCAGAUUAAAGACCUUCCCUUUGACAGAGAAAAAUUAUUUUCCAUGAAGACUGACGAAGUCCUACGCUCAAUGAAGGACUCUCAAACAACGCUCCGAACCUUGGGCAUAUAUACACCCCCUAAUAGACCUAGGAGAUACCAAUCUUAUAACCAAAACAGGGACACAUCAGUUCACUGACAACAGAGACCAUUCAGCAAUUCACACAAAAGACAUCGUUCACAGAGAUGCUGACCACCUCACUCCCAGUUGACUGCGUCACAGGUACCACCGGCCAAGAAGCAAUUUUGAAGAUUUGGUUGAGGGUCUGAUUGACCUCCCCCGACAACCAGCACAUUGUUACACAACGUAUCCAGAUGUUUGGCAACGACUACAGCCAUUUUACCAAGCGUGGGCAUCCAUCCCCAUAGAUCACUGGGUACUGGAGAUAGUACGAUCUGGUUACACCAUCUCUUUUAUCUCCAUCCUGCCUACCCAUCCCUCUUCAGGGACCCUUCUCACUAGCCUCUUUUGUGGCAAGAGGUAAUCCAUCUUGUACAGCUAGGUGCCAUGGAACUCACUCCAGGACAGCACGGGGGGAAAGGGUUCUACUCCCAUUACUUUGUGACCCAAAAGAAAAAUGGAGGAUGGAGACCCAUUCUUGAUCUCAGGAAACUCAACAAAUGUAUCCGUACCCAAAGAUUCAGAAUGGUCACCCUGUACACUAUCAUCCCUGCGCUGCACAAGGGGGCUGGUUCUCAGCUCUGGACCUAUAAAAUGCGUAUUUUCACAUUACCAUCCAUCUACUCUAACUCCAGUACAACAAUUGACUUCAUAGGAGCACACCUGGACUCAGUGGAGGCCAAAGCAUAACUGCCAAUGCUUCGAUUCACAGCAAUGACCUCCUUCAUAUCGGUGGUCUCAGACAGCCCAUGGGUGUCUACAUGCACCUGCCUACAACUCUUGGGAUGUAUGGCGGCCACCACUUUCACUGUAACACAUGUCAGACUACACAUGUGCUGUCUCCAAGGACUGCUGAGCUUGGUAUACAUCGCACGGAAGCACGUUCUAAACAAAAGGCUCACACCGACCCCAGAGGUCACCACGAUGGUGGACAAACCCAAUAAACCUUUGCUCGGGCAUCCCGUUUCAAUAAGAUCCUUUAUCCAUACAAAUCAAAACAGAUGCUUCACUGAUCUGAUGAGGAGCUCACCUGAACCAACACACAAUCCAAGGCAAAUUUCCCCCCACAGAAACACACUUACACCUCAAUCUGGUCAAAUCACACACGGUCCGCAACGUGUGCCUACAUUUUCUCCCUAUUAUAUGUGGCAAAACGAUAAGCGUCCUGAUGGACAACAUUGCGUGUAUGUUCUAUAUAAACUGCCAGGGUGGAGCACAUCCCUUUCCUUACGCACAGAGGCCUUAAAAGUAUGGAACUGGUGCAUAAAACAAAACAUCACUAUUACCGCAGCAUACCUCCCGGGUCAACUGAACAUAAGGGCGGACACAUUAACAGACUGUUUCCCCAAGAACACAAAUGGGAAAUGAACGACGAAAUAUUACAACACAUAUUUCAUGUGUGGGAUCUUCGCACAGAGAUCUGUUUGCGACAGUAAACACAAAGUGCCCAAAGUUUUGCUCACAAGCAGGACUGGGAGCAUGAUCCCUAGGAGAUGCCUUUCUCAUCAAAUGGAAUGCUCCCCUCCUAUAUGCAUUCCCAAUGAUACCUCUGAUCUCCAGGGUAAUCCACAAAAUAUGAACCAACAGGGCCAAAAUAAUCCUCAUAGUACCGACAUGGCCCAGACAGACUUGGUUCCCUUACCUGUCACAGAUGGCGAUCUGCACACCAUUCGUUCUCCCUCGCCUACAGAAUCUUCUCUUUCAGGAUGACAGUCAAGUCCUCCAUCCAGACCUGGAGAGACUUCACCUGAAGGCAUGGCUCCAAUGCGAUGAACUAACCUGCUCAGAACAAGUAAAACAAAUGUGUGUUCCUGCUGUUUAUUAACACAUUACUUACUUCCAAAAAUGGAACAGAUUCUUCUUAUGGUGCCAGACCAAACAAAUAUCUGCAAGACAGGCCCCACUUCCACUAAUCCUGGAAUACUUAUUAUCCCUAAAGAACUCAAGACUUGCUGUGAGCUCAUUUAAAGUUCAUCUUGCUGCCAUCACGGCCUUCCAUCAAGAGGUAGACGGGACCUCAAUAUUUGCUCAUUACUAAACUAUUUCUAACGGGUAUACAGAACAUGUACCCAGACAUCCGAGAACCCACACAAGUAUGGGACUUAAACCUUGUGCUCCAAAGGCUAACCAGAGCCCCAUUCGAACCUUUAGCCACAUGCUCAUUACUUCAUUUAUCUAUGAAAGUGGCAUUUCUGGUUGCCAUUACAUCAGCGUGGACAGUCAGCAAGAUAAGGGUUCUCAUAGCUCACUCCCCAUAAACAAUAUUCUUCAAGCAUUAGAACACGCCAAAAAUUUCAUGUGUUCCACCUCAACCUACCGAUCCAUGUACCUGCGUUUCAUCCAAAACCACAUACUAACACACAAGAGGUGACCCUGCACAUAUUGGAUGUGUGCCGUGCCUUAGCUUUUCAUCUGGACAGAAUGAAACCCUUCUGAAAAUCACCCCAACUCUUUGUGUCCACAACAGAACGUUCUAAGGGCUCUACCAUAUCCAUGCAAAGAUUAUCUAAAUGGAUAUCCAGCUGUAUCCACAUGUGCUAUGUGUAUCCACUACACAACACUGAAGCCCCAUCAGGCAUCAGAACCCAGUCAACAAGAGCUUUAUCUACCUCCAUAGCAUUCCUACACAACAUUUGCAUUCUAGACAUAUGCAGGGCAGCCACCUGGGCCUCCAAACACACAUUCACAAACCACUAUGCAUUAAUCUCAGUUCAAGCUCAGACACAAGAUGAGGCCUCAUGGUACUAGCCUCAGCAAUAAACCACAAUCCAAAGUCCCUUCCAUCCUUAUGAGGGCACUGCUCUACAUUCACCUGAAGUGGAGCACCCAUAGGGACAGCACUUGAAGAAGAAGAAGAAGAAGAAGAGGAGAAGGUUACUCACCCUGUGCAGUAACAGAGGUUCUUCGAGAUGUAUGUCCCUGUGGGUGCUCCACUACCCACCCUCCUCCCCUCUACUUCGGAGUUCGCUUUAAGGACUCUACGGUAGAGAAGGAACUGAGGGGGUCAGGACACGCGAGCGCUAGAUGAAGUGCCAACGGCACCACGAGAUGGCUAUUGUGCAUGCACACCCCAACCAGGCACUGCUACCAAAAAACUCCAAUCAGGGGCACUAGGACACAUCAACACCUGAAGUGGAGCACCCACAGAGGGACACAUCUCAAAGAACCUCAGUUACUGCACAGAGUGAGCAACCUUUUCUUCAGGCAGAAAAUGAGAAUUCUACCCCUCCACACACACACUUUUUAAAUAUUUUAUUGUGAUAUACAAGGAAAUAUACCACCACUACCACCCACAACGAAGACAUAGGAUGGAUCUAAAUUGACAUGUUUGUGGAGGACAAGCAUACAAUAUAUAGCAUAAAAUUUUGAUUCUUACUGUAUGUAAUUUUUAGUAGCAAUAAAUAACCAUUCUUUGCUGUGUGUAA